UAUCCCAUAAAUAGUCUUGUUUUUUACAGGACACAAAAACAAACAAACAAAAAAAAAUUACUCCUACACAUAUCAUCAAUUCUACUGCUUAUUGAAACGCUUCCGACAAAGCUUUUAUUAGCACACUCACCUAAUAUUCUCAGUGUAUUAUAUAGAUUUUGUUCUGUUUCUCAGUUCACAGUUCACACGCCUCUAUUUUCUGCAAAAAACUUUAAAAACCAAGAAAAAAAAAAGUUCACAGCUUUUAUUAGCUCCCCAACACCACCACCACCUCGAUUUACGAACUGGGUCUUUAACGGAUCUUGGAUUGGAGAGCCACACAGUGAGAAAAACCAGUUUGACUUUUGGAGCCAAAGAUUUGUUGUGCUUUGCCAGGUUUCACUUCUGGGUGUUAUCAUGGACUCACCACAAUCUGUUGUGUCACCAUUCAAGAGCUCCCUCGUCGCUGAGCCUGAGAAGCAGAAAUCAGACUCCUUUUCCAAGGGUAUUGAGGUCAACAGCAAGGAAACUGCAGUGUAUAACAUAGAGGACUUCAUUGGUGUUCUUGAGGUUUAUGUACAUCAGGCUAGGGACAUCCAUAACAUAUGCAUAUACCACAAGCAAGAUGUUUAUGCUAAGCUUUGCCUGACUAGUGAUCCUGAAGACACAGUCUCCACCAAAACCAUCAAUGGUGGUGGGAGGAAUCCGGUGUUCAACGACAAUGUUCGUCUCAAUGUUAGGACUGUUGAUUCCUCACUCAAAUGUGAGAUAUGGAUGUUGAGCAGGGUGAGGAAUUAUCUGGAAGAUCAGUUACUGGGGUUUGCUUUGGUUCCAUUGUCCGAAGUCCUUAUGAAGAAUGGCAAAUUGGAGAAAGAGUUCUCUCUAUCUUCAACUGAUCUGUUCCAUUCCCCAGCUGGGUUUGUUCAAUUGUCUCUCUCAUAUAAUGGAGCUUCACCAGAAGUAAUGGCUAUUCCUGCAAUGCCAAAUGCUUUGGCCAGGGAUGCAACUGUGGAGGAUACAGAAAUAUCUGAGUCAAUCCAAAGUGAUUUUGAUAAGAUUGAAUUCCCAGAUCCUAAGAUUGCAAAUGAAGACCAGUUGAUGGUUUCUGAGUAUUUUGCGUUACCAUGUAACAGUUUGGACUCUCAGAGCUCUGAGAGCUUGACCACUUCUGAUACUGAAAACCAACUUAGUUCAGAAGUGGGUGGUCAUGUUGUGGAAAGCUUCUCAACUGGUACAGUUGAGUCCAUCCAGUGUCCAAAGCCUGAUUCUCCACCGAGCAGUGUGUCAACUAAUGGGGUUUCUUCUCCUUCAGUCCCUGCAAGCUCAGAGUCUUCUGAUGCUCAAGCAGCAUCAAAAUCUGCUAGUAAGGAACAUGUUUCAGCUCCAAAAGAGAGUACUGUGGAUGUUAAGGAUGGUGAUACUGAUUCCUCUGGUGGGGAGCCAAGUGAUGCAGUAAACAAGCCUGUUGUCACAGUGAACAUUGAGCCAGAACAAAAUGUGGUGCAGCAGGAUAUAGUGGACAUGUACAUGAAAAGCAUGCAGCAGUUUACUGAGUCAUUGGCAAAAAUGAAGCUACCUUUGGACAUGGACAAUGGGUCAACCAAUUCAGGAAAUUCAAGCUCUGAUCAGAAAUUACAGGCAUCAAAGAAUACUGGUUCCCGUGUGUUUUAUGGAAGUAGGGCUUUCUUCUGAGCUUUGGUUUCACUAGUUCAGAGGAAGACAGACAGGUGACUUUAGAUUUAGAAUGAAGGACUAAUACUAGUAGUGAAGGUGUAAUAAUGUGUUAUGUAGUGUGGUGUCUUCCUUUGUAUGUUGAGAUGUUUUAGAUGACACAAAUCAUGACUUGUACCGGUUAUAAGCUUUUCUUCUAUUGCAACUGCUAUUAGUAUAUAUGAACUAUUUCUGUUUUAUCA